AUGCAACCACACACCCUCCCUCACGACACCACGACAGCGCUCCCUGUACCAAUGGUGUAUUAUAAGCGUAAGGGCGGGCCUGGGGGAGGUGGGCAAGGAGAAGCAGCGGGAUGUGCGAAUGAGGGAGAGGCUGAGUCUGAGGCUGCGAGAAAGAGGAGGGUGAAGACGAACGGGGAGGGUGGGAAAGGGCUUAUGCGACAUGCAGAGGUCGACGACGACCACAACGAUGACGACAGCGCCGAUGAAGAUAGGAACAUGAGUAAGACUACCACUCACGUCCUACAUCCCUCAGAAACCUCAAGCCACACGCUCGACUGCAGUUCAUCGAGCAGCCACACCUUGGGACACAGUGAGGCAAGUACACCAACCACCCGCACCCUAGACCGUAGCUCGAGGCAAGGUAGUGAGGCUAGUACUCACACGCUGGGUCGAUCGGAUACCUCAAGCAACACCCUACACCACUCAGAUACCUCUAGUCAUACACUCGGUCGAAGCGAUAACGACGACAACCCCCCUUCUUCCUCAGACUCAGAACCAGACUCAGACUCCGACGAUGAAAACGACAUGUUCAAAAGCAGUUACCAAAUAGGUUGUACAAAGUAG